GACCAAUCAGCGUCUCCGACAUAUCCAGCAUCUGAGUGUCAUGGCGUCUUCCUUGAAGGGGGCUGGGUCCACUGCUAAAUAACCAGGGAUUUUUUGUGUUUCUCCGGUUGAAACGUCGCUGCAACGUACUAUAAGGACAUAUUUAUUGCGGUCAACGAUUCGGCAUGGGGACUGUUCAUGCCAGGAGUUUGGACCCGCUGCCAAUGCAGGGGCGAGACUUGGGCGUCAACCACGAUGAUAUGGAAGGCAUGGAAACGGAGCAGGAAACUAAACAAGAAAUUCUGGAGAACAGAAACAUUGUAGUUCAGCAUGUCAAUAUCGAGGGUCUAGGCAGAACCAAGGAGGACUACUUAGGCCACGAGAUUUCUGAUGUCUUCAACGCCAAGAACCUGAUAGACGUGAUGAAGAGGUCUCAUGAUGCCAGAAUGAAACUGCUUCGCCUGGGAUGUUUUAAGGAUGUGGAGGUGCUCAUUGAUGUUUCUGAAGGUGCUGAUGCCCUGCCCAACGGUCUAGACGUCACUUUUGAGGUUACUGAACUUAAAAGGAUGACUGGCAGUUACAACACAAUGGUCGGCAACAAUGAGGGCAGCAUGGUGCUGGGUCUGAAGCUGCCCAAUGCUCUUGGCCGUGGCGAGAAAGCAACCUUCCAGUUCUCAUACGGCACAAAGGAGACCUCCUAUGGCCUGUCAUUUUUCAAGCCCCAGCCAGGCAAUUUUGAACGCAACUUGACUCUGAAUCUCUAUAAGGUCACAGGCCAGUUCCCAUGGAGCUCCCUGAAGGAGACAGACCGUGGAGUCUCCACAGAGUUAAAUUUCCCCCUGUGGAUGACCACUCACACGCUCAAGUGGGAGGGUGUGUGGAGAGAGCUGGGCUGCCUGGCCCGCAGUGCCUCGUUCGCUGUGCGGGAGGAAAGCGGACACUCGCUCAAGUCCUCUCUCUCGCACACAAUGGCCAUAGACACCAGGAACUCCGCUAUCCUACCCAGGAGAGGUGCCUUACUGCGAAUCAACCAGGAACUGGCUGGGUACACAGGUGGUGAUGCCAGCUUCCUGAAGGAGGACGUUGAGCUGCAGCUAAACAGACCCUUCCUCUUUGGAUCAGUCCUUUCCGCCUCUCUCUGGGGAGGAAUGCUCAUGCCAAUCGGGGGAAAGCCUUCCUCUAUCGCUGACAGAUUUUAUCUAGGUGGUCCAACCAGUGUGAGAGGCUUUGGGAUGUACAGCAUUGGACCUCAGAGUGAAGGGGAUUAUUUGGGUGGGGAGGCAUACUGGGCUGGCGGGCUCCACCUGUACACCCCCCUGCCCUUCCGCCCCGGUCGGGGGGGCUUUGGGGACCUCUUCAGGACGCACUUCUUCCUCAACGCUGGAAACCUCUGCAACCUCAACUACGGCGAGGGCCCACGGGCUCACCUGCAGAAGAUGGCCGAGUGCAUCCGCUGGUCCUACGGGGCGGGCCUCGUGCUGAGGCUGGGGAACAUCGCACGCCUGGAGCUCAACUACUGCAUUCCCAUGGGGGUCCAGAACGGAGACAGGAUAUGUGAUGGUGUGCAGUUUGGUGCCGGAAUCCGUUUCCUCUAACUUCCUCCUGAAAUGGGCCCGGUCCUGUCGCUGACCUUUCGUGGAGAGAAGGAGAGGGAUACGUGCCGUUUGACCUGUUCUAUAGAGAUAAACUCACACCAGGGGAAGCCUCCAGCAUGCACACACACUCCUGGGUUGUGCCCACCCCCCACCCCCCACCCCACACCUCACCCACCAUUUUCUGUUUAAAGUCAGUUGAAACGAGCCUGUGAGAUUUCUGCCAUAUUUGAUUUCUGUUCUACAUGUCCAUAUCAUUUAUUUGAGAAGGAGAACGUAUAUGUAUGCAACUGCAUGUAGUUGAAAUGUGUUUGGUGUAUGGCUUGUUUGUACAAAUGUAAAUCUGACAUUGCUUUCAUGAAUGUAUCCUGGAAUCUGACUUGCUGAAGUGGCUUGACAAGUUUUGGUGACAUUACCUUGAGGAGAUUCUUGGCAAUUUUGGAUUUACAUGAAGUGGUAGCUUGAAAUAUGCUAAACGAAUUUGUCAACCGAAGUUUAUUAGCUUUGAGUUUUGUGCAUUAACAUAUUGCACUCUUUGAAGAAGAGAUUAGGAAAGAGUGAGGAAAUGUUAAACUCACACUCGUUCAGUCAACAGGCAGACAUUAAGCUGUAGCUCUGUGUUUUGCGUGUGCACUUUUAUUCCCUUUUUUUUUUUUAAGUUUUGUUUGUAACCCAGCAUUUUUUUCCGGUGGGCAUUACCACCCCUCCUCUUUCCUCAGAAACACUACACAGCUCCAGUCUUUUAUACCAGAAUGCAAAAAUGGUAGAAAUCACAGGAUUAUAAUUUUUCCAUUUACCAAACAUCAGGUGUUUACUUUUGUGACCUCCCCCAACACCACUGACCUCAAGAGCCGCCUCGAAGACUAGUUACAACACCUCUACUACAGUCUAACAAACAGGGUCGCUACUGAUAACAUCCACAUUAACAGUACCUUUUAAAAAUAGUAGUUAUAAAAUGAAAGCACCUUUCUUUUAAGUGUCAUUCAGCAGAGUGCAUAGAGUUGCACUGACACACAUGAGUCUGCAACUCUGUCACCUCAUGCCAAAUCCAUAUGACAGAGUCUUCACAGAUCCUCCCGUAGGUUAAGCAUCCCCAUGGCAACCCUCUGCGGGCUGGGUGUGAAUGCUACGAGUGUAAUCCACCAGCAGUGCUCUUACGUUAGUCCUCUUUUCCAUGUUUAGUGUCAGAACUGUUUAAUUAUGCACAGAAAUAAAUCACUGUUGCCCCCCCA